UCUGCACUCUUUCUAGAGUCUCAACAUCUUUUUUACAUUGUGGCGACCAAAACUGGAUGCAAUAUUCCAAGUGUGGCCUUACCAAGGCAUUAUAAAGUGGUAUUAACACUUCACGUGAUCUUGAUUCUAUCCCUCUGUUUAUGCAGCCCAGAACUGUGUUGGCUUUUUUAGCAGCUGCUGCACACGGCUGGCUCAUAUCUAAAUGGUUAUCCACUAGGACUCCAAGAUCCCUCUCACAGGUCUUUCAUUCUCUCUGUCUCAUUCUUUCAUUCUCUCUCUCUUUUCUCUCUCACUCACUCUCCCUUUCUCCUUCUCCUCCUCCUCCUUUCCUUCUGCUCCACUCCCCUUCCCUCUCUCUUUUCCCCUCCUCUCCCUCUCUCGUCAGAGCUACUCCAGGAAAGGCGCAGAAAUGGGAAGACCUUUGAUCAGUCGAAGGGAGCGAGUGACCCUGCGCGCUCCUGCCCUGUGAUGCCCCUUGGCAUCUUGCCAAGGAAUUCAGGGAAGGCGGUCCCUCUGCAGUUCCACCCAGCCAUCCACGGACGGACGCCCGUCUUCUCUCUCUCCCGGAUCGGAGCUGGCAAAAGAGCAGCCCAAGUCCCAGGCGGCGGCAGGGAAAUGGCUCGGAUCACUCAGUGGCUUUUGAGAGAGGAAUACUGGCUACCUCCAGGAUUCACCUGGGAGGACAUGCAGGAGACGGGGAACAUCCUCUAUCCCCAACCCCAUCACCUCCUGCUCUGCCUCCCCGUCGCUCUCCUGCUGGUCGGCCUCCGGUUCUUGUUUGAAAGGCAAGCUCUUCAUUCGGCUCUUUCAGCCAAAACCAAGGAGCAGUGGAAGGAAGAGGCCCUCCCCCACCUAUUUGGAGAGACCUUUCCUUCCCUCCCCACCCAAAUGCUUGACACAGUGGGAUGUCCCUUUUACCUUUAGCAGUCAUUUUGGAUGAACUGAAUUUGUAAGAUUGACAAAUACGAGAGCCAAUGA